AUGAGCGACUUCGACUCAUGCCGCCCCUCCGUCAAGUUCCACACCAUCAACACCGGAUUCCGCCUCUCCGCCCGCCCCUUCGUCAAGUUCCACACCAUCAACACCGGAUUCCGCCCCUCCGCCCACCCCCAACUCCGCAUCACUUUCACCUAUCUUCUCUCACAUUGGAUUAAAAACAAACAUUCCACAACCGCAAGAUUGAUCGAGCUGGUCCCUCCGCCGCAACGCCCCACCUCGGCCGCCGUCACCGUCCCCAUCGGAGAAUCCCUGUCGUACGACGACGUACGGGUGGCCGUCAAGGGGGCCAUCGGGGACCGCCUCUGUCUCGACGAGGCCUCGAUCAUCCGCCGCGCAUGGGAGCACGCGCGUGAGAAUUGUCUCCCGGCGGCGCGUGGGAGCACAUGCGAGCGCGAGGAGUUGAUCGUCAUCGAAUACCGCCUCGUGGACAUCCUUCCGGCGUCGUUCCGGCUGCUGGAGGAUUGCGAGGUGGACCGCGCUUCCGACUGCAUCAUCUGCUUGGAAGAUCUCCUCCACCGUGACAUCCAUCACGGCGGCGGAGCGUUGAGGUCGCCGUGUUCGCACGUUUUUCACGGCGGCUGCAUCAUGAAGUGGCUGAAGAAGAGUCCCGGUUGUCCGCUUUGCCGCCGCGAGAUGUCGGCGGAAUCGACUCAAAAAACAGAAAGAAUUAGGGUGAAAAAUUAG